CGGUGGUGCUGAUACUUCCUGGUGCUGUGCCAGGGUCAGAGUCCAAGACUGGGUGCAGUGCUGUUCGGGUGAGGAGCCUGGCAGAGCUGGGGCAGACAGCAGGGUCCUGGCUCCCGCAGGGAAGACCACCGGGUCCCUGCUGCUGGUGCUUUGGGCUCUGCUCCCCGAAAGUGGCCCAGUGCUGAGAGCACUGUUUGGAGUGUCCCUGCAGGCAUGAAAGGAAGCUGAACCUCCCUUCCAAGUGGACUUGGCCCCGUUGCCCGGAUGUCACAGUCUCAUCAGCCUCAGCAUGUGCUCCUACCUUGCAGCUUCCCUGAGUGACCUGGUGAUGCAACGGAUACUCUGCACGCUCGGCCUGGGACUGUCCCUCCUGGCACCACAUCCUGGCUCUGCGGACAUCUCUCUGUCCACCUCCCUGCUGCCCGUGGUGGGGCAGUUGGGCCAGGAUGUGGUGAUACCCUGCCAACUCUCACCCCCGGCCCCUCUGCCUGGCCUGGAGGUACGCUGGAGGAAGUAUGGCCUCAGGACUGUCAAUGUUCACUACUACAGUGGAGAAAGAGCUCAGGAGAUGCCAGGGAAAGGCUAUGAGGGCCGGACAGAGCUUUUCCCCCAGGAGUUCAGCCGUGGGAAUGUCUCUCUGAAGCUGAGGAGCCUUCGCACAGAGGAUGCAGGGAGCUACCAGUGCUUUGUAGGAAGCCAGCAAAGAAACCUGGAAGCCAUCGCUCUACUCCAAGUAGAAGCUGUAGCCCUGGUUUACUUACAUGUCACACGGCCUGAGGGAUCAGGGCUGGGGC